GCACUCGUGGCGCCGGCAUGGCACGCACCGUCCACCGCGUCCUCGCACCGCCCACCUGCUAGUAAGUACUGCCCAGGCGCCCCACGCCAGGUCAAGGCAGCUUGGGUCGUGGCCAUCCUGAGGAGAGGUCACGUCUCAACAAGACAGUCAGUCACCUCUCAGUGGCCCCGCGCCGCGCCGCCACUAGGCACCUCUGGGUCGUGACGCGCUGGGCGACCUGGACGACGCCCACGCCCAAGCUGGCCUUGGCUGAAUGUGCACGUGGAGUGAGGAGUAAUGAAGGGCAUGAGAGGGUCGGGUGGCACCAUGACCCUCCCUGCGGCACGCUUCUGGCACCCGGCACUCACUGAGCAUCUCUCCUGCAGAUUCGAGGGUCAGCGGCUCCCCGCGCCAACAUGCGGGCUUCCUGAGGGGCUCCUUCCGCGCCUCGCUAGCAGGAAGGAGCUGACACAAAACCGCGAGCAGCAGCCUGAGAGCACACAGCAGUGAGUGUGCCCGAGGGAGCAGCUGUUCCGCAGGACACAUGAGACCUGAGUCAUCGGCGCGCCGGUCCGUCAUGUGAGCUGCUAUGGGGCCCAUCCGAGCCUUCAGUCGACCCUCACUCGCUGCUGGGGAGUUCGUCGCCUCGGCCACGCCCUACAGCCACACGCCGGGCUUCUCUGCCUCGCGCCGCCCAUGCUCCGCACACGCCAGCACGUCCCUGGGGCCGCAGCACACCGUCCUGCCGCACCCUCAUCUGUACAGCUCUGUGUGCGCGGCAGGCCCCCUGCACGCCGGCCUGGUGUCCUCCCCAGCGGCGCCGCCACCAUGUCUCUUCCACUUUGGGAAGCUCUUGCCACCAGGAGCGGCGCCGCCAGACACCCACUUAUCCGCCCCCGCACACCAGGACACGAGAGGCCCCAGCCAGCGAGCCACGGAACACGUCUUGGGACACGAGAGGCGGAGGAAGGAUAUCUAUGAACACGGAUGGAAAAAUGGUAGUGAAUGUGAGUGGAAAAAUAAGGAUGAGCGAAAAUUAAAGAAAAAGAGUAGUGAAAACAUAUGGAAAAAGCACAAGCAUGAGAGUAAGUGGAAGCAACAUAACGGUUCACACAAGCGCAGUGCGAAGAAAUCAGAAUACAGAUGGGAAAGGUUCGGCGACGCGCAGCUGUGGAUGAGAGGCGAGGACGACACCAAACGGAAGAACAAGAAGGAAAAACUGAAAUGGAACAAAGCCCAGCGCGAGCAGCAUGCCGCGCGGAGCGGGGAGCAGCAUGACCCCAGCACGGAGAGGCGGAGAGCCAAGUGGAGUAAGGACAAGCCAGCGCGGUCAGCCGUAGCCGCCCCCUCCGGCAGGGCCGAGGAGCCGUGCACGUCACGCAUCACUUGCGCCUUCCCCUUCUCAGAUGACGACGACGAUGACGGCCACGAAGGGAAAGGCACCAAGGGAAGCAAUGCAGAGUCGUGGCCGAUAUCAGACAUCGUGGAGACUGAGGACGAGGAGGCAGAGAGCCAGGCAGGGCACGCACGGGGUGCUGCGGGUGCCGAGACCUCUCAGUGUGCCCCGCCUGGCUUCGGAGAUGCUGCUGCAAGCAAGGCGUCGUCUGCGGGCAUGCUGCACCAACCUCUGCUAUCUUCUGCAGACGACGUGAAGGCAAUCAUAACGCAGAAUGGAUCAGAGGGCGAGGGCGCCUGCAGUGACCCGCGGGACGUCCUGGAGUGGCAAGGCUCUCCCCCGCCAGGAGAACAGUGUGAACUGCUCAAGGAAUCCGAUGUGGAUGAUGAAAAUAACUCCGAGGAACAGAUGGAACAUGAUAACGAGGGCAAGAGGAGACCCGGGGAGGACUACCCGAGGGACAGCGUCCGCGCCACGCAGCGCCUCCGUCCCCGCAGCUACAGGCAGUUUCUCCUGACGAGGGAGCGUAGGAGCCGGGUGUUCCUGAAGGAGAGGAGCUACCACCUGGGCCGCUGGUUCGUGACGCACUUCACGCACCCGUACCCUUCCAAGGACCAGAAGGACGAGCUGGCCAGGAGCACCAGCAUGACCCGGAACCAGGUGAGUGAGUGGUUUGGAAACAUGAGACGCAGGAUCCGAGAGGCGACUCGUGACCUGGGUGUGUGCUGGGAGGAGCGCGUGCGUCUCUACAACAAGGUGAUCACGGGGAAGUCUGAGCCGCUCCCUAUCAAGCCUGGGGAUGCCAUCAACACCUGGGUGCCCCCUGUGGCUGAGGAGCCCCCGAGCUUGGACCAGCAGGAAGAGGUCAGCGCCUCGCCUAAGUUCAAGAAGGCUCUCAUGCAGCGCUACCUCAACAACUCCUUCGAGGCGCCGCCCCACCACGCCUCAGGAGGUGACUCACGCCCGUCCUCCACGCCCACUCCUUCCAUGCAACAGGAAGAGGACUUGAAUCCUUUCCAGGGACACCACAAGUCUUCAGAGUCUUCCAAGUCGAGUCCUGUGACCUCCCACGCCCUCCCGCUGUGCACCUCCAGCCCAAAGGAAAGCUUCCAGGCUCGAUGGAACACCUCCUUCCAGAACGUCAAGGUCACAAAAUUUCCAGCCGUGGCGACGCGGUUCUUGGACAAAGGUGACGUUAGAGUGAGGACCUUUGGCGGCAGGGGACAGGGGGAGGAGGAAGGGAAGAUAGUUAGGAAGUAUGAACGGCAGAGGAAUCAAGACUACUCCUCUGACAACUUAAAAAAACAGAGGACCGAUAGAGACUCUUUCCAGUCUUCCAGUCCCUGCUGCUCCUCCUCCCUCCCUCUGGACCCACGCAAGGCUGGCAUGGAGGGCUGGAGGGCACUUGCCAGCACCUCCACCGCCCACUUGCAACCGUCACCCUGGAUGGUUCGCAGGCCUGUCUUCGAUAUGAGGUCUUCAGAUGAGGAGGGCGGGGCUGGGUGCUGCACGAGGAAGCCCGAGGAGCUGGCCGCUGCCUACACCUUGAUGGAACUGCACACGGACACCACCGCGGCACACCUGAUGGCCUCCGCUCCCUGUCCACCGUCCCUGUCCUCCUAGCUCCCAGGACAAAGGCAUCCUCCAUCUCAUCCUCCUCCAGCUUUCUUCACGUCUUGAGCAGUUUUAUUUUUCUUUAUUUAUGAAGUGAUUAGUGCUGGUGGACUUUACGAAUGAAAGAAAACAGGUGUUGUGGUCUGCGAGAGGGUUUGGUGAACUACAGAGGAAGAUUGAAGGCCUGGAAGUCUGUGUAGUUGUUUUCUUAGCGUUGGUAACCUUGCAUGUUGAUAAGGCAGAUGUGGCCCCAAGCAGACCUUCAGAGAACAUUUUUCUUGGUAUCUUUGGUGAUUUGUAUUUUUCUUUUGUGAUAUUUCGGCCUCGUCUCGGUUCAGCCAAGUGGCAACUCAAGUGUCGAGGUACUGUCCACACAAACUUUCCAGUGAUCAGUGCAAACGAGUGAAUGGACCCGUGGGAGUCGAGGCGUGUCUUCGAGGUGACUCUGCGUGAUGCGUGAAAGAGACGUAGUCUAAAACUAGGAAAGUGUUAAGUUUCCAUAGUACAACUCUUCACUGUGUACAAAUAGUAACUCCUAAUGUACAAGACGAGCAAAACCCGCACACCCACACGACACCUGGCUUGUGCCCCGCCCUGGUGACUCUUGCCACGUCGUCAGUGUCGCGUCUCUCUGUGUGCUUCUGGCUCAGACUUGACUAUCCUCGUCGCGGCCACGGAUCUACGAGCGGCGUGCUGAGUUAGCGCUACAGUCAACAGGACUGCAAGUGUUAAAAGAACGCGAGUGUGUAGACAUGUGAGUCCAAAAGGGAAGGUGAGUGUGCGCCGCAGCUCGGCAGCAAAGAGACACAAGGUGGAGCCCCGUGCCGCCACGCCCCGGGACCAACAAGCUUCCCUUAGCACACCGGCCCUUCAGCUCGUGGCUGGACUAUUACUUCGUUGUUGUUUUGUGUAGUUUUUAAGCCUUCAAAGCAGGUCUUUGAACGAGUUUGUAGGCAUCACUCAAGUGCUAGUGUUCGUUUUGAUGGUUUGCGUUCUAGUAAGCCAACACUUGCUAGAGUCUAGUCUUUCAUGAAGUCGUUCCGCCGCAGUGACGAGGGAGGGCUGUGUGGGGUGCGCACCAGCGUACCCAACGCCUUGUGAAAACACCAGCACGUUAGGGGGUCAAUGAUGAAUCCUGUAGCAGCCACUCGGCAUCACACUCUCGGCCCAACCUGGGCACAUUAAGUAGUGCUGGUGUUACCGCGACGCCCUCUCGCCAGCACCCAGGCGGUGCGCAUCACCUGAAGGGCACACGCCUGUGAAACUGUGAAGCUGUGAAAAUUACGCUGCCACGAGUGAGAUGGUUUUGCAGGAUGAAUGAUUUUUGUUGUAUUUUCAUUAGGUGUUACUGCUUCUGUUACAGUGAACAAUUGGGAGACGUAAAAAUUCUUACGUGUCAUAACCACACCCACACCCACACCUAUCCUCCCAUCUCCCCCCCACUUCUCUCUCUCUCUCUCUCUCUCUCUCUCUCUCAUCCCCUUCCCCCCAACAUGUACAUAGUUGCCUUGUGACUGAGGCUACCCCGAUGGGUGUCCCAAGUAACGCCUCUUUGUAUAUAGGAACAAACGUGUUUUCAAACUGUUUUCGCCAGGAUCUGCGCCCCGCUGGCCCAGACCCUCCUUCCCUCAGCUAGUCAGACCAAACACCUUCUAGUCAGCAGCUCGCCGGGAGACCCGCAUGCAUCUCCAUCACGUCACUACCUCCGCCCCUCACCAGAGAACCUUCCGGCCACUGCAAACAGUCCAUGGCACUGAGGGACGCUGGGACAGCUCUGCCUGAGUCACUUGUCAGGGACACGACACACUGCAUCACUCACUACGCCCCCUCCUCGUGGUGGUUAACCAAGUCCAGAUGGCAGCUGACCGAUCCAGAUGGUGGUUGACCGAACCAGAUGAUGGUUGACCAAGUCCAGAUGGUGGUUGACUGAACCAGAUGAUGGUUGACCAAGUCCAGAUGGUGGUUGACCGAACCAGAUGGUGAUUGACCGAACCAGAUGGUGAUUGACCGAACCAGAUGGUGAUUGACCGAACCAGAUGGUGGUUGACCGAACCAGAUGGUGGUUGACCGAACCAGAUGGUGAUUGACCGAACCAGAUGGUGGUUGACCGAACCAGAUGGUGGUUGACCGAACCAGAUGGUGAUUGACCGAACCAGAUGGUGGUUGGCCAAGUCCAGAUGGUGGUUGACCAAGUCCACAUGUGGUUGAUCGAACCGAUGGUGGUUGACCAAGUCCAGAUGGUGGUUGAUCGAAACAGAUGGUGGCUGACCGAACUGCAUGGACGGUCGUUGACAAGUCCAGCAGGGCCAAACGGGUAGCAGGUGUGAGUGGUGACGCCAGGCAGUCAGCAAUAAUAAUAAUGGUGAUCUGAUAACACAGCAACACGACAACACUCAGCAGCACCCCUCCCUCAGCAGCCUUGUAGCGCACUAGUCACCUGCAGCCUGGACUCUGGUUAUCCCUCCCGCCCCUCUGCCUUCUCCCUCCAUUACCCCACACGCUAGUCUUUCGGGAAGAGCCUUGUCUUGAUGCAGAGGGAGCUGCUGCCCCUCUCCCUUCCCCUCCCACUAGUCGACAUUGCAAGAUGAACGAAAGCACAACAAAAGCACGACAUUGUCCAUUGGCUGUGAGCACACGCUCUGUGAUAUUGAACCACAUCCUUCUGCAGUACAAAGUUCAGGUGCUUUUUCAAUCUCUUUUCUUCGUAAUUUAUAUCAGUGGUCUAAGAAACUAUUUUCUUUGUUAAUGGUUAUGUGGUAAACUAUUGUGUUUUGAAGCCAUGGUAGCCAAGGUUCUUACUUCCCUCACAAGAAAGUAGAUACAGUAUCCGGGUCGAGUUUGUGGUGGUUUAGCAUGCUGUGUGAACAUAAAAAUAUCAGAACGUAUGGGAAGCGCAAGAAGCCAUCAGGCCUGCGCGUGGCUGUCCCUGAGUGAGGGCAAUGUUACAAUGUCACUCAAAUAUGACUAAAAUAAUUAUUAAAUACGUUCUGAAAUACCACUAGGGCUUGACUUAAUUGACGGUCCCUCAUGUCCUUGGUACAUGACCCGUCCUUUUUCAAGAAUUUUCAAAAUGAAGAGUUUUGUUUACGGAAAUACCGAGGAGUGUUAUUACAGGGAAGGUUUUGGCAGUGGGAGGAACUGGUGUGUCCGGGAAUGUAAGGACCUUUGCCCUGCUUCGCCUUUGUGAGCCUUAGCACCGAAAAGAGUGCCAGGACUGAGUGUUACUUUAAUGGAAAUAAAACAUUCUUUCUAA